GUUGAAAAUGGCAGCUGAAGCGAUUGAGAUUGUAGUGCCAAUGUCAGAGAAGGUUUAUUUACAACUCUGGGGAAACAUGUUCUAGUUUCUACAGAAAGAAAAAUGCAGGAAGAGGCACGAUACUUAAAGAGGUGAGUAAUUUUCGGGUAAAUUUACAACGACUGUCAUAGAAAUAAACCUACGUUUAGCAAUCUUUGCCGACGACGGAGAUUUUGUUCGUCACUGCAGCUUCUUGCGAGAUUCCCCUUAGUUAGAUCUUAGUUUUUUAUCUUACGUAGGAGGGUGAAAGGAGGAAGCAUCGAUGCCCAUCCAACAGAAAAAGCUAUCGUUGUGAAUUAUGAGCUGGAAGCAGUCAUUCUGGGAGAGAUGGGGGAGCCCAUGUUGGGCGAACGGAAGGAAUGUCAGAAAGUGUAAGUUUGCUUUGUAAGUAAAAAUAAUAUAAACCUAGUUAGAGACAUUUGUUAGUAGUUGACACUUAAAGCAAAGUGAGUGAAUGAAUGCCGUGUAACAAUCUCGAUGAUUUUUGCGAGUCUGCACAUCUCUUACUGAUGGACUGAUAUAUCGCCAGAGAUAUUUCUCGUUCUAAGCGUUAUCCCGUUUCCUAGCUACGAAUCGGGUGGCUGAGAUUGUAUAAAUUGCCGUUGUGUUAGUGACCAGUGGUUGAUACCAUUGAAUUAGGGUGUAUUAAAGCAGAUUUCAGUAGGUUUCGGUUAUAUUUCAAUUCUUUAUCUCCCUCUGAACUUUCCUGUGAUAUACAUAGCCUUUGUUGCAGGAGGGAAUGCUCCCCGUUAGAAAUGUUGUAGGUACUCGUAAGCCUUAUAGUUAAAAAAAUCAUCUUUAUUGAGUAUCAAUGUGUUUAGCAUGAAAGUACUAAUUGGACACUAUUUUUACGUCUCCUACUGGAGACAGGCCUGCCAUUUUACAUGGUCAUCCGAGCUACGUGAGGUCUAGCCUUUUGCAGGGCAAAGGGAGUACCUUAUUUCUCAGUUAUUUUAAGACACCUAGCAUUGGUCCAGCCCCAGGAAUCAAACCCGCGACCUCCCGCUCUGCAGUCAAGCGCUCUAUACUGACUGAGCUAAUCCCACGUGAUCUGGUAAGACUGCUUAUGACCUAGCGAAAAUCAAAAAUUGGAGUGAUAAAUAGAAUCAUAGUCGCGACAGAAUCAGAUAACUUUAUCAUUUUCUUCUGACUCGAUUGCGUAAGAUCUAUAGAAAACCAAAUUGUUAAAGUUUGAAUCAGAAGUAGAGGGAUAAACCAAUAACAACAGUAGUAUCCACACUUGGGUGAUUGGUUUAGUUUUUCCACUUUUCCUCUAGAAUGCAACAACUUAUUACCAGAUUGUAAGCAACAGAGUGGUACAUGGAAUUCGAACGUUUUCACUAUAUCAUAAUUGCUAUAUACCAUAAUUCUGAUUAUGACUGACUCUGACUCCGCACUGAAGGUUUCUUCUGGAAAUUGGUCCAAACACCUCAACUGUGCUUUCAUUCAUUGCUUAUUACAAUAUCAGCAAUGCUAGGUUGUCACUGAAAGUUCCUCAUUACUCUGAGUAGUAUUAGAGCAUGUACAUCCGGCCAGGUGAGGAUCGACGUCCGACUGUUUGUCUAGUGGUCACUCUCAAGAGGUUCUGACUAUAAGGCUUUGAGUAGGGAAAUUUCAGUGUUUUGGAUAAGAGGUCAUUUGUGGGAGGAGGUCACUAAUGAAAAGGCACUGUACAAUGAGGAUGGGCUGUAUACCAUUACAAUACUGUCAAUUUUCAACAGAAUUCGCUUACAGAGCCUAAAUGCCACAACCAAUAUAGCAAAGCUAGCUUCAGAAGUAAUUGAAAAGUGCAAGCUAAUUCACCCCACCAAGCUCCCUGAAGUCGAGCAGUUGUUGUACUAUUUACAGAACAGAAAAGAUACAGGAGCUGGAAAAUCGAAAGGUAAUUAAACUAUACACAGUCAACAUUACGCAGAAAUGGUAAGGUCCCUUAAAUGAGCAAGUAGGUGAAACUAGUUAUUUCUUCCUUAGUUUUCAAACCAGUUUUUAUCAUAAUCACUAUGUAAGGCAUACCAUCAUGUAGAACAUCGAUUUUAAACACAAUAGAAGGACAAAUAAAUUUGGAGAAAUUAGGAAAUGUUUGACUGUAUAAAUUUUGGGUCUAUGUGACAUUAAUUUUAGAUUUAGAACAAUCAGAUAAUCUGCUGCAUAAUUGACCUUUCUUGCCAAAUAUUGUGACCUUCUAAUUUGCCAUUAUUUUUUGCUCCCUGUCAGAAAGCCUAUCUAGACUGAUUGCUAUAAUUGAUUUUACAUCUUUUAGGUAAAGAGAAGGCUGACACUCUAAGGAAUGCUGCUGCUGAUUUUGAGGGCACUGAGGUAAAUAGAUCUGGGUAAAUAUGGGUAUAGUUAACCCUCCAAGUUGCGACCUUUUUGGUUGCCAUGGCACCUAGAAUUUUGGAGCUGGCACCUUGAUUUGUAAAACAGUCUCCCUAAACAAAAAGAGUUGGUUGGCAAAUGGCGACCAAGCAAAAACUUUAACUUUGAGGGUUGAUAGUCCAGGUCUUGUGUGGGAACUGGAAGGUACAUGUAAAUAUUUACUUUUCAAGCUCUUUAAUAAUUAUCCAUGAAGCAAAUACAAAGGAAAUUAAUGUGUAAUGAGUAUUUGGAAAUCAGAUGAAAACUGCUCAUUUUUGCAUCACAAAUUUCUCUCUCUAAAAUCAUUUUGUUUUAGAACUAAUAUCAAGCAUUCAACACAGUGUUUCAUCACCAGAUGAAACUCCUUGAAGUUCUUCAAAAAUGCACCUCUCUGUGUGAUAUUUUCAACUCUCUUCUGAUGAGUCAGUGUUUCAUCUUGUGAUGAAACACUACGUUUCAUGCCUGAUAUAUUACAUGAAAGAUGGUAUGAGUUCUGAUGGGAAAGUGGGUCAUGUAAUUCAAAAGAAGUUCAUUCCAGUGUUAAUUAUUGCUAUACUUUUGUUGACUGCUCCCUAGCUCGAUGAGCAAGCAAACAUAAAUGACAUAGAGGAAUAUGUGGAGUUGCUGUAUGAAGACCUUCCUGAGAAGAUAAGAGGAACUGCCCUUAUAUUACAACUAUCCAGAAACCCUGACAACUUGGAGGAGCUUGCAACUAAUGGUACGAUUAUCGAUUAAUCAAGAUCUGUUUUCUUAUCUUUUUUUUCUGUUGUGUUAACAUCCUGCAGGAUAAACAGUGAAACUGGAACUACAUCUAUGUUAAUUUGUAAUCUGGAAGUGUAAAAAAUAUAUAUAUAUAAAAAUAUAAAAAAUGGCACACAGCAAAGAAAGUCAGUUUUAUAUGUUUCCCUUCAGGCUUAGGUUUAAUUCUGCCCUUUUUUCAGACCCUGUGUUAGGGGCCCUUUCCAGGGUUUUGCGAGAAGACUGGAGAAAAAGCACAGAGCUAACGACGAACAUCGUGUACGUCUUCUUCUGUUUUUCAAGUUUUUCCCAGUUUCACUCCAUCAUCAUUCAUCAAAAGAUUGGUGCUAUGUGCAUGCAGGUGAUGGAAAAUGAAGUUAAGAGAUAUGACCAGUGGUCCGCUGAGCUGGAGAAGAAGAAAAACAAUAUCCUUUUGACAGAAAUGAUUGGCGAGGGUCUCUAAGUUACAAUGGCAUUGUUAAGCUUUGACGCUGUCUGUAUCGCAAAGAGAAUUAUGUCCUGUUAACCUGCAAGCAAAUAUUUUCUUCCUUCUGCCAAGAGAACUGUAGAGAUAUAGGGAGGGCAUGAUUGCAGGCCAGGGUCUUGUAAACAUCUUUCCCCUUGUUUUUUCCCACUCUUAUUUUCGUUAUCACACGUUGAUUUUCUAGUUAAUUUAAUUCCUUGACCUCUUUACGUGACAACAGAAAAGACUAUGAAAAAGGGUACAAGAAAUUUCUUGGUCUUGUGAAGAAGCAGGAGCAGCUUCUGAGAGGUAAGUAUAAAAAAUAACAGUGAUAGUAAUGCCGUGAAGUUAAAGUUGAUGUUUUGUUCCUGCGCUUUUCAAAAACACAUGCACUAUCCCGGAGCAUAAGGGAUUGAAACUCAAGUAGUUUUUUUGAUUUAAAACAAAUGCACUUUAUUUGAGGUUGCCAAUGUAAUUUAGCAUACAAUAAUAAUAUAUCAAACUAAUUGAGGGCACUAUUUUUUUUGUAUCCUACGGGAGAUGGGAAACUGCCAUUUAACAUGGUCAUCGAAGUCAUGUGAAGAUCUAGCCAAGUGCAGGGCAAACUUAGGCAAUACCUUCCCUUUCUGUUUUUUUUUUUAACCCCAGUAGUCUGGCCUUGGGAAUCAAACCCACAACCUCCUCAAGUGCUCUAGUGACUGUGGUAAAUCUUUUUCUUCUUUGUUUUCUCUUUAGUUUUGUCGUACCUCCUUUUGAACUUAGCUGAAGAUGCCAAGGUUGAGAUGAAGAUGAAGAACAAAAAGAUCGUCUCUAUGUUGGUCCGAUUGUUGGAAAGGGACAAUGUUGAUCUUCUGAUUCUUGUUGUCUCGUUCUUGAAAAAGCUGAGCAUUUUUGUUGAAAACAAAGCAGAAAUGGUGAGUAAUUGCAACAACUAUAAUUGCAAUAACUAUAAGGCUUGGGUCCACAGUAAUUGGCUUUAGCUGUUGCGGUGUCCCUGCCCUAAUAUUUAAGUUAUUUUUAGUGUAUUGUUACCUUCUUAUUACUAGUGUUUGCAUAUCUACAGUGUUUUAUUUUUGUUUUUUGUUUUUUUGUAUUCUUCAGGGCAAAGCUAAUAAAAUAAAAAUAAAAUAAAAUAAAUAAAGUGCUAUUUUUCUAUAUAAAAGGGUCUUUUGGAUCUCAGCUUUUUUCUUUCCAAGGGGUAAUAAAUUUACAGUUUUGUGAUGGUAGAGAACUUUUAAAAGGCAGUUAAAAUUUGAAGACAUAAAAUCAUAAGAUAAACCAAUUAACUUUGGCUUUUUGUUUCCACAGGCUGAGUGUGGGAUAUUAGAGAAACUUGCCAACUUAAUUCCUCACUCUAAUGAGGUAACUAAUGUAUUCUGCACAUUCUGAUUGGUUAAGAGGUGUGUUUGUAUGAUAGUAUGUAAUCACAGUUGUGAUUUCAUAAUUCAUUUUAUGUUCUGUUGUAGGAUCUUCUAAACAUUGCUCUUCGCUUGCUUCUGAAUCUUUCAUUUGACACUGACUUGAGAGCUAAGGCAGUGAAAGCAGGACUUCUUCCAAAACUAGUCCAGCUUAUUUGUAAGUUUUAAACUUCUUUGUUAUCAGAACUGUUUACGUGGCAUUUACUAUUGUUACUCAUUGUUACUCAUUGUAAUGAAAAAAAUACUUAGUUUGAACAUCAUACAUGUACAUGUACAUGAACAAGCAGGGCAAAUAAUAAACACUUAAUGACUGGUCCCAAGGGAAACAGUUAAUUUUGCUUCCCGAGAAUCUCAUAGUUUCCUGAGGCUGAGCCGAAAUGGAAAUUUUGAAGCUGGAAAUUCAUAAGACGUUGCUGUAACGGCAGUCGUCGGUCAACAUUCACAGGUAACAGUGCACUGUUACCUUCUGAAAUCAUAGAUUUUGCAAUGUUGCUCGCUGAGAGAUUUAGUAACCAAUUAGAGUGUGCGCUUUUGGGAAGAAUUUUUUAGCUCUAUAACAACUCAAACUGAUAACAUGUUAACAGUCACCAUAGACAGGAGAUACAAGGACUGGAAGACAAGUUAGCUGUGAACAUGCUCACUUGUAGGAAAAAGGGAUGGGGAUGGAGGACACACUUUCUUUUGCUUUGCAGUUUUGUGACUCAUGUUUUGCAUGGCUAAAAUAUUGAUCUGUGCGCAAAGUUACCUAACGCUAACCCUAAGCAGAACAUGAACUUGAACUCCCCACUACAGGACUAAACACGUCAUCAUCUCUGUAGUGUGUCAGUUACAAUGUAUAUUUAUAUUUCACCCAAAUUUGUAAAUUGUGUUCUAUUUCUCUUUCCUAGCCAAUGAAGUCCACAGUGUUGUAGUUCUUUGUAUACUCUACCACAUCAGUAUGGAUGAUCGCUUCAAGUCUAUGUUCACCUACACAGAUUGUAUACCUAAUGUAAGUUUAAAGAAUUAUGUUUCUUAAUCAUUAUAGACUCAGCUUGCUGCUUCCUUCUAACUGACCACAGCACCUUAACUUCUACACCAUCUGCCACCUUACCUUACUGAGCUUUGCAUUAAGUGACUGGAGUAUUUUUUGCUCAGUUGUGGUAUUUAACUCUUGAUUACAACUUGGUGUAUUGCAACUGUGGAGUGCAAUAAAAAAAUUAUACACAAGCUGCCUCAUUUAUUAAGCGGCCAUCACUUUUUAGCAGCCUGUUACCAAACUCCCAAGAAAGUGUCAUUAAAUCACUGAAAAUGGGACCUCUAGUGUAUUGUUGAAAGAGGCAAUCGGAAAUGUUCAAGAUGGCCUGUUGACACCAGCUACAGACUGAAUGAAGUAUGGUCAUCUGGCUUGGUGUCAUCACUGCUUCAUUAGGUGAUAGAUUUUUAAAAAAGCAGCUUGUUCCUGCAACGAAACCUUAUCUUUCCUUGUUAAGCAUAGUCAUAUUUAUGAAUAUGAUACUACAAUGGAACCUCGUUAAAAUGAGCCUCUGUAAAUUAUAACCUUGAUACUUGUAAGCCCAGGAAACCUUGUUAUAUUAUACUGCAAAAAUUUUGUCAGUCCCUUGGGAAUUGGCCCUUUGUUAUAUUGAGGUUCUAAUGUAGUUUUUCUUGUCGCUCUUAUAUUGACAUAAAAUGUUCUUACCAGCUACCAAUAAAUAUUGUUAUGUUAGAUGAUGCAGAUGAUGUUAGAGUGCCCAGGAGACCGUAUUGACCUUGAACUGAUUGCUCUGGCUAUCAACCUAGCAGCUAAUAAGAGGAAUGCUCAACUGAUCUGUGAAGGACCUGGACUGAGGCUACUGAUGAGAAGAGCAUUCAAGUUCAAUGAUCCUUUGCUGCUCAAAAUGAUUAGGAAUAUCUCACAGCAUGAUGGCCCUACCAAGUCUCAGUUUCUGGUGAGUGCUGUGAAACUGCUCUCCUACCCCUCCCCUAACCCUACAUUUUGCCCUAAAUGAGAAAUUGGUGUGAAGGUUGGGUUCUGGGAGGGGUGGGUGGACACUCCCAGAAUCUCACACUGAUCUCUAACUGGUUGGAAGCGCACUGGGCUGUUUUUAUGUAAUUCCUUGUUAUCUCAUGUGCUUUCCUGGAUUUAUUACCACUUCAUGUGCAUGAUCGUGCCUUGUUUCUUUUGUCAUGUUGUUUUGUACAGUACUAGCCUGUUCUUAGCGUUGAGAUUGUGGGGACAGCACAAAGAAAUGUGGGCAGUAAAAACAGUGAGGGGUGGGGUAGGGGUCAGAGCAAAGGAACGCCUGUCCUACUUCUAAACAAAAGCUUGUUCUGGUACACCAGAUUCUGGCAUACCCUAUGACUGGUAUUUUAACAGCUCUUGUCAACAAUCGAAGGUCCAAUAGCUUGAUUGGAAAUGUGAUGCGACAGCGAUGAGAUCAUACACAAGUUCGUCUUGAAAGCGUGGUGUAACCUCGUCCCCAGGGCGCUUUUCCCCGGCUUUGGAGGGAAAAGUGCCCUGGGGACGAGGUUGAGCGUGGUGAAGUGAUUCGUAUUAAGCAUCUCGGUGAAUGUGGAAUAUGGAAAGCAGCGUCAGUACAAGGAUAUUUACACCUGCGAAAAGCACAAGCAAAAAGUAACACGUGGAAGCGCUGAAGCAUAAAACUUUGGCGCUACUAAUGUUGGCGCCAAAUUAAUAAUUUGAAAUAAUUAUCUACCCGGCAUGCUAAGCCACGUUUUGUUUCUUUACUAUGAUUGCGCUGUUAAUGUAAGUUUACACCGUCAACGUGAAGGUUUUCCAAAGUACACAAACCGAGGAGGGCCCCGUAAAACGUCGAAGUCAACCCAAAACUGGAAGUCAGGCCAAAAUGCGUGCUUGUCGCUUCACUCUCUUAUAACGAGGCAUAUACAGGUCUAUAAAUGUUAGACUAUCGUUCUUGCCCUCCAGCGUGCUACGGUGUUUUUCUCACAACGUGAGUACUAAAUCGUCGGGUCGUCUCCAGUUUGUUGUACGACAAUUUGCACGUCACUCAACUAAUGAUAGCUUUAAGGUAGCAAUAAUAUUGAACAUUGUUGUGUCCACACAGGAAUACAUUGGUGAGCUUGCUAAAGCCGUGAUGAACGGCCCAGAUGAAGAGUUUAUCUUGGAGGCACUGGGGAUCUUAGGCAACCUUACUGUUGCAGACGUGAACUUCCAAGCGCUCUUAACAGAUUACGACAUGCUAAAUUACAUUAAAACUAAACUACAACCAGGUGAGUGGAAAGUCCUUUAUCAUUUGCCAUGAAAUGUGAUUAACUGGGAGGGGCGGGGGUGGGGGAUGGACAGUAAGGCUUGCACAUUCUAUGGAGAGUAAUCCGCAAAGCAGGGGUAUUUCAGGGAAUACGGUCAGUUACUCACUACCAAAGUGAGAGGUAAAUCUUGGCAACAAAUUUUGGAUGACGUACAAUGGUUUUCUGACAAUAUCAUUGAUUUGGAUUUCAGGCAUAGCUGAGGAUGAUCUGGUUCUUGAAGUGGUCAUAUUAAUUGGUACGGUGUCGUUAGAUGAUGAAUGCGCUACAGUGUUUGCCAGAGAGGGGAUUAUUCAAAUGCUCAUAGACUUGUUAAAUGGUAAGAAUCACAACUCGCUCUUGCUAUUAUUACUUGGCAUAAAUUAUCUCCCAGCCUUUCUUGAGAUAGUGAAUUGUCCUGUACUAGUUCCAGCCGCUACAGCAAAGGGUUCACGUACAAGCUAAUGAGUAAAUUUGCAAGGCUAUCCUGGCCAAGUUUUUAAUGCAGAGUUUAGGCUAUCUUUUAUGUUUUUGAUGUCAGCUUUAUAAAUGUGACUGGCGUCUCUCUUGAUGUACUGUUAAAAUUAACAGGGCCAUAACAUUCUGCAAAAGUUAUUGUUAUAAUAAUGACCAGAAGUAGUAGUGCAUACCAUUCGAGUUGCAUAGAAUUUUUAUCCGAAGGCAGAUCGCAAAUAGACUUCUUUUUCUUGAUUGUAAGCUUUGUUUUCUUAAUCAAGGUUAUGUGACCAGUAUCACUCGGAUUACAAUGAAAUUUCCAGCACGAAUUAAAAUGAGCUACAACCGCUCGAACUAACAGCAAACGAGUUUUGAAAUAAAAGAAGCUAAAUGGGCUUCAGAAAGGCUGAUUUGCUCACAUGUUUACGUUUUUAAGUUAAUGUACCUUGUCUUUUCACUUCUGCAGCUAAACAAGAAGAUGAUGAAGUUGUUUUGCAAAUCGUGUAUGUGUUUUACCAGAUGAUAUUUCACAAAGCUACUCGGGAAGUGAUCAUCAAGCAAACACGUAUCCUUUGAACACGUAAUCCUGUUACUCCUCUAUUCUCCCCGUUCGCGUGACCCUUCAUUUCGCCAAACUGUGCGCGAAUCAAAAUUAAAUAAAAAUGUACAAAUUUUAGUUUCAAGACAAGAAAAUAAUUGGUGUCAUGUCUAAGCUCCGCUUGAGAGGUUCUGUUUGGUUGAUCACACCCGUGUGGGUGGGAGGUACUUCCUUAUAAGAGGCUAAUGGGGAUGUACCGCAGGAUGGGGUCGCAUUUUCACGACUGGAUUGAUUUUAACGGGGUCGCGGUUUCAAUAUUUCACCAGCGGGUGACCCUCAUAUAUGAUGUAUUAAAGGCAUUUGCCUUGCGUGUAUCAUUUCAGUUAACACAACAGCAGACUCUAUGCUAGCUUGUUGUUAUGUAUUUCGUUUAAGCAAACUGCUUUUUGUAACAUGUAAAAAAAGACACUUGUGAUAAAAUCCAACUUCGCUAAUCAUUUAUAGACCCGUGUAAAGACAAAUGGAUCAGCAUCAGAUCCUAGGAAAGUGACCACGCCCACCUGGUUUUCCUGUGGCAAAUCACAAUCUUCCACCAAUGAGAGCGUGCCCGGCUUCCAUAUCAUAUAAUUGAGGCAAUUUAAGGGCAACCUCGUUCCUAGGGUUCUCCCCUUCUUAGUUUGUUUGGUGUUAGCCUUUUGUGAUUGUUGAUCAGUCCUUAAUCUAAUCUCCAUCAGAGGCCCCAGCUUAUCUUAUUGAUCUGAUGCAUGACAAGAACACGGAGAUCCGUAAAGUGUGUGACCAGACCCUAGACAUCAUCAUGGUACAGUGCUAGUUUGUUUUUACACGUUGUCUAGUAAACUGUUACGUUAUAAGAGGUAAAUAGAAGAGACACUUGUGAGAAAGUUCUUCUUCGCUAAUCGUUUAUAGACCCCUGGUUUGUAAAACAUACCGUUAACAAUAGCCCACCUUCAAGAUAUUAAAAUUCUAACAUGACUCCGAGGCAGUGUCUUUUCAGUCUUUUGUAAUACCUCAAUUGUUGAUCGCACCAUCUGCAACAGAAAGAAACUACACUUUCUUGAGCGCACAGUGGCAUUGUUCAUCGGCUGUUACGAGAAUUCAUAGGAAACUAUGUCCAAAACACAUCCACAGUCAGUGCAGUUCCAGACUUGAAUAUCGCCUGCUUUUGCGCACCAGUUAGAGAAAUUCAGAGUGACGUUUACUGCAAACAGCAAACGUCAGAUUGAAGUUGAGAAUUCCUCAAAAUAGAAUACGUGCAGCUAAAAGCAGUCCAAAACAAUUGUUACAGACAAAACUAACGUGAAGCUACUAAUUUGGGGGUAGAAGUAAUGAACAGGAAAGUACGAGUUAAGGGAAAACUUGGUCACCUUUUUAUCUUAACUGUUAAUCUAAAUCUCUCUUUUGUCGCGCGUGGCCAUUUUAAAUUCUAGUUAUUUCUGGUACAAGAAGAAGGAAUAUCGCUAGUUUUCGGUGUUGAGUCUCGGCGACUAUCUAGGGUGACCCCAAAAAUUUUUGAUUUUUUUAAUGUUUACAGGAGUAUGAUGAAGAAUGGGCAAAGAAAAUCCAGGCAGAGAAAUUUCGCUGGCACAACUCGCAGUGGCUGGAAAUGAUAGAAAACCGUGCACCGAUGGAAGAUAAUGACAGCCUAAUGUACGGAGAUGAUGGCUUCAUGGACGGAGAUCCUCUCGACAGACCUGACCUCUUCUACGGUCAUCCGGGAUACGACGACCCGGUCACGCUCAUGUCACGUGAAGGAGCCAUGUCCCCGGAUUACCUGAUGGAAGAUCCGGGUGAAUACGGGAUGUACAAUGGCGAAGCGUACAUGGAUGCUGCGGGACAUCCUGUCAGUCCAUAUGCCAUGGCGCAAUACCAGGGAUACCCUGAAGAAGGCAUGGGGUAUUUAACGGAGGAGGCUGCCAUGGGAUCUUGGGGACAUUUAAUAGAUGAUGAGCCUGACCAGGGAGGUUAUGGUCCUCCCCAAGGUCAAAUUGCACGGCCGAGUAGCCGGUAUGGUAGGCCUGUGUCGCCUGGUUAUACAGAGGCAUACGGGGCUGAGCUGCUGGAGCCUGACACUGAUAUGUAUGGGCGCCCUGUUUCGAGGAUGAGAUCUAGCUACGAAAAUCACUAUGGAUACAGAUAACAUGCAAGCACUGCUUGAGAAAUUGAAUUGUUACCGUAACCCUUUAAGUCCCAAUAGUGACCAACAGCAAUUUUCUCCUAACAAUGUCCAUACAUUGGCAAGAGAUAAGGUUGUGAGAAUAUAAAAAAUGAUCACAAAAGAGAAAAUGCCUUUAUGUUUUAUUAAAUUCUCUCAACUAAUUCUUAAAGGAAAUGUAUGGAGAUCAGUUUGGAGAAUUUGUAUGUGGAUACUGGGGCUUAAAGGGUUAACUCGUUGUAUUUAAGUUGUACAUUUCAUUGUUACCAAAAUCAUAAAAAGCUUAGGUUUUAAGCUCUUUGCCAAUCUCUGUAUGUGUGUGUAUAUAGCUCUUCUCUACAAGCUUGAGAUAUUUCAGAGGUUUUGCGCAAAAAAUAAACAAAACGUGGAAAAAAUUCUCCUGCUAUUUGCCGUUUAGGUCAACAUUGGAUAGGAGCGGAAGUCAUCCAGUGCCAAAACCCUUUCGGGAAAUUGUAUUAAAAAUUGCGGUUUUUCGUUCUAGAAAACAAUUUGAACGAGCAUUAUUUUAUAUUUUAAUAAGCUCUUUUGAUUUCAAAGGUUAUACCGUUACGUCUCCCUGACUUUGUAAAUAGGUCGUUAUAAGAUUGUGUGGACCGGGUGCAGGGCUAAUAUUAAAACACCAAUAAAAAAUACUGAAAGCUUG